CGCCUGCUCUGUUAGAAAACACAGCUGCUGUGUGAGAAGUGGAAAUAAAGAAAGAAAGAAAAACAAACGACAUGGUUUUAUUUAACACAGUAACCGAAAAAGACGCACAAUGAGAUUUUUGAGACUUUUUAUGAUGCUUGAUUAGUGUUUUUCUGUUGUUUUUGAGGAUAAUAAGUCUAAUUUAGUAAUAAUUUAAUAUUUUUUUUUGUAUUUAUUUGACGUAUUUAAAAAGGAAAAAUUACUUUUUCUUACCUAUUUAUUUUUGGACUUUUUUUUGGGACUUUUUAUUGAUUUCUUAUACGUAAAAUAAAACUAAAAUUGAAGGACAUUUAUUAUUAAUUUUUCUUUUAAAAAAAGUUGUGUAAUAGUUGAAUAAUUAAAGAAUAAUAUAAUGGGGGUUAUCGGAGAGCCGGUGGAAAUCUCAAGCCAGGAGCUCGUGCAGAUGCUCGUGACCCCGGAGGCCGGAGGCGCGCUCUCGCCGGUGCUGCUGCUGGACUGCCGUCCGUUCCUCGCCUUCUCGCGCGCGCACAUCUGCCGCGCGCACAACGCCGCGUGGAACUCGCUGCUGCGGCGCCGCUGCAGCCGGGGCGCGGAGUCCGGCGCGCGCCUCGACUGCCUGCUGGCCGACCGCGCGCUCGUGGCGCGCGUGCGCGGCGGCGACUUCGGCCACGUCGUGGUGCUCGACGAGAAAAGCCGCGUGCUCGCCGAGCUCGAGCGCGAGAGCCUGGCCGGCCUGCUCCUGAGCGCGCUCCAGAGAGAGGUGCGCGCGGGCACGACGCGGAUCUGCUUCCUGCAAGGUGGUUUUGAUGGCUUUGUGUCGAUCUACCCCGAGCUGUGUAUCAGUGCACCGGGUGUUUGUGGGAAUCAGACGACUCUGAGCGACUCGGAGCCGAGGGUCUCUGGCAGAACGACACCUCUUUACGACCAGGGUGGCCCUGUAGAAAUCCUGCCCUUUCUGUUCCUGGGCAGUGCACAUCACUCAUCCCAGAGGGAGCUCCUGCAGCGCUGUGGCAUCACGGCCGUCAUCAACGUCUCCUCGUCCUGUCCGAACCUGUUCGAGCACGAGCUCAGCUACAUGACCCUGAGGGUGGAGGACAGCAUGGCAGCGGACAUCCGCGUGCUCUUCCCAAAGGCCAUCCACUUCAUCGAUUCGGUGAAGGAAAGCGGCGGUCGGGUUCUGGUCCACUGCCAGGCCGGCAUCUCUCGCUCCGCCACCAUCUGCCUGGCGUAUCUGAUUCACGCCCAGCGCGUACGCCUGGACGAGGCCUUCGAGUUCGUGAAGCGUCGACGACAAGUCAUCUCCCCAAACCUGGCUUUCAUGGGCCAGCUGCUGCAGUUCGAGACAGACGUCCUCUGUCCUUACACCGUUCUGGACUCGAAGAACAGCACCACGACAUUUCAGUACCUCUGCUCAGACAACACGGACCUCUCCUGACCUUUACGGUGCUCCAAAGCCUUGAACUCUUUUUAUCUUCACACUGUGACGUGAUUUACCUUCACUAGACUCGGCACUAUUUUAUUCGGUGUAUUUAUCAUAUACUGUAAAAGUGGGAAAAAAACGUCUGAGAGCAUUGCAUUUCAAAAUCAGCACAUCAUACUGCUGCAUACAAGGAUGCACCGAAUCCUCGAUCGUUUGCAAGCGCACUGACCGUGAGUCUGACGUCCUUCCAGGGUUGAGUGACACAAUUUUACAUCACUACGGUACACCAUCAACAAACUUGUAUUGACAUAUUCGAGGAAAAUAUUACAGAUAAAAUUCGAAGCAAUUUGGAGUUUUGAAGGCGCUCAUGAUACUUGCGGUACGAUGGGAGUUAUAAAUGUCAAAUCGUACGGCGGUAUUUGGAAAAAACAAAAUAACAAUUUGGAUCUCGAACAAAAUUCGAACAAAAUUGUUUCACACCCUUGUAUCUGAAGGUCGUGCGCCCUCUUGUGACAAAAUGAGAAAUGUUGUUUAUCCUUUUAUAGUUUGGCGCAUUUUUUCCCCCCAGUGAUGGCCAGUCUUUAUAAGGGUCUCGGUAUAUGAUCCCGCCGAACUCUAUUACUUUCAUAAACCAUUAUAAUUUGCUCAACUAGCUGACCUGUAGUUCACCGAGCCUCCAUUGUCCCAUUAAGAUUCCUGACGAAGAGUGACUACAGGCGAAGGCACGAGGGAUAAGCUGUGAGGAAAAGGUGUCACAUGACCUUCCACCUCCUUCAUCCUUCAAUCUGAGACAUUCUUCAUCACGUGAAGAUGAAGUCGGACUCAAAGAGUAACCUAAACAACUGUGAUCUCAAACUAAAGUGUAGAAAGACAAUAUCAGUCCUGCGAGACGGCACUGCUGUAUAUUAUAAUGUUACUCGGUCAAAUGUGUUAAUGAAGGAUCUGUUUCUUUUCCCAAUAAUAUUGCACUUUAUUUAUAAAUAUUUGAUGUUUAGAUCGUGUUAACGUUGUAGCGUGUAAAACUGCCGGUUCCAGUUGUUCAAUUAAACACUUGUGUUCAAAUGUA